CAUCAAAAGAAUGUCAGAAAAAUUUAUAGAGUGUAAAUAAAAAAUAAUUAAAUUUUUAUAGUAUUAUUUUAAAUUUAAUAUUAGUGUUUAAAUUUUAUUCAACUAUAAUGGAAACAAUAACAGCAUGUUUUUGCUGUCGAAAGAAAAUACAUAAGCGAAAUGAGUUCCAAGGAUUAGAAGGAAUGGUUAAACUAAAAAACCCAGAGGACAAUAAUCUAAUUGAACCAAACAAUACUGAAGUUGAAAAUGUUAAUAGUACAUUGGUAGUGCAAGUAAUUGAAACUAGCUCAACAACAACAUCUAAUGGCGAUGCUGAAUCCAAAAGAGCUAGCAGUGUUCCUCAAAGAAGUCUUCCAGACAUUCCCAUUACAGAGCCGUCAGGACAAAAUGACAACUAUUCUGAUUUAUAUGCGACAGUUGCAGACAAAGUAGAAGGGAAACCGAGUCCAGCACCGAGCUUAAAGAAACAAACUAGUAUUUCUCAACACAGUUCUAUCAGCCAAGCCGAUGUAAAUUCACCUUACGCAACAGUAAAAAAUCCCACACAUGGUUAUGACAAGGUUAGAAAAUCCAACGAAGAACAUCCAUAUGCGCAGUUAAAUGCCCCAAGCACUAGUAGGAAUACUAUUAUUAGUAAUAAAGAGAACCCCUACGAAAACACAGAUGAGACUGAGGACACUAGUCUUCCACCAAUAAAUAUAAAUCAAAAUAUUUCUGAUAGUUCUUUAACUGAAAGUGAAAAUUCACCACAAGAAGUUAUUCCAGCAGCGGCAGCUAUGUUAGGAAUGAUAUCGGCCAGUCAAGAAUUACCUUAUAUGACACCACCAAUAGUACCACAGCCAAAUUUUAGUGGAGACUCUCAAGAUUCCUCAAAAGGUUAUACAAGUAUAAGUGUAAGGGAACCUUUAGCAAAUAUUAUAGCACAAACAAAACAACAACAAAGGCUAUCUUCAAAACAGAGGACUGAUUCUCAUUAUGCAACGGUUUCCGAUGAUUCUGAUGAAAUGUAUGCAGCUAUUGAAGAUCCUAAUAAUGUUGGAGAUAUAUAUAAUAGUGGCUCAGAAACAUAUGCACAAAUCCAGCCAACUAAUCAGUUAGUUACUGUUCAAAUCAAUCAAUCGUAUCAUCAAGGAAAUCUUAUAUCAAAUUCUAAUCAGACUAUCUGUAUUAGUACAGUUAUGGCAGGAACAUCGCGGCGUAGUGGGUUGGAUAUGGAACAUGUUUCAUUAAGCUCUCAACCAUCUACAGCAUUACAUUCAAAUGCAAGCACAAUACACGCAACAGAUCAGACACCUGCUCCACCAACGGUAGAUUCAUUAUUUGCAAUGCAUUCAAGACAAGCUUCUUCUUCUUCAAAUGUAAGUUAUAUUGGAAACAUCGGUUCCCCAAAACCAGAAAAAAGACAAGCAAAUUCCCCUUUACCACCCACUCCAAAAAAUGGAAAUAGUUUUUCAAAUUUAUCGAAUCAAUCGGGGAGAAAUUCGGCGGUAGUAGAAGAAAGUCCCCCUAAAGAUAUUGAUGGAAUGUAUGCAAAGGUAAUGAAAAAAGGAAAAUAUCCUAACUCUCCAUCACAAAACAAUUCGCCAGUCUUAGGUAGACGUCACAUUAACAACGUAGUAGAAAAAAUAUCGGAUCUGAAAAGAAGUAACUCUUUUAAACAGAUAGAAAAUUCACGUCCUAGAAGUGAUAGUUACGAUAAAACAAAUGGAAAUAAUUUAAAUAUUGUUGAGAAUAGAAAAUCAGAAGGUUGCUCAGUUGUUCGUUCUUUAUUUACGGAAACAACAGGAGAAACGGAAAAGGCGGGCAUUAUAAUUGUAGAACCUGGAUAUGAAAGUUUACCGGAUACAUCUUCCCUCAACACAAAUGAUCCUGGUUAUGAAACUUUAUUAAAAAAUCCUCUUCUUUCUGUUGCCAAUAACGAAAAAAAUAGUAAGCCAAAUUCUGAUUAUGAUCCAAAUUAUGAAGUUUUACAACCAUUUAAUACUAAUAAAAUUUAUACCAAUACAUCCGGUGAUGAUGGGUACGCGAAAGUUUUAGAAAAACGGCCAGCAAUCAUAGACGAUAUGCGUCAAGUUAUUUGUUCAAAUUCAAGUAAUGAUAAUGAAGACGAUGAUAUUUUAGCUGGAUAUAGCAAAGUUAAAGAGAGAAAAAGUGAUGAUGACACAAUUGCAGGUUACAGUAAAGUUAAAGAUAAAGAUGAUGAUGAUGUACUAGCAGGAUACAGUAAAGUCAAAGAACGUAAGGUUGACAAAGAUGAUGAUGAUAUUUCUGCUGGAUAUUGUAAAGUUAAAGAUCGGAACGAGAUUGAAGAUGAUGACAUUUUAGCUGGUUAUAGUAAAGUAAAAGAAAGAAAACCGAAUGUUGAAGAUGACGAAAAUAUGCCUGGCUAUAGCAGUAUAAAGGAAAUUUCUAAUAAAAAAAUUGAUCUUAAAGACCAUGGUUAUGCUAGUAUAUCAGAGGCUAAACAAUCAAAUGAUCCUAUUAGUAGUAAAAAUUAUAAUAACAAUAAUAACAAUAAUAAUAUAAAAAUAAGUAAUACGUAUAAUAAUAAUAAUAAUAAUAAUAACAACGAAUAUAAAUUAACUGAUAGUUUAAGUAAAUAUUUAAUUAACGAUAAUAAUAUCAAUACUGAUAUUAAAUGCUCAUCAGAUAUAUAUUCAACUAUCGAUCAAAAUGAUGGAGCUAGAUAUAAUGAAAUAAAAAAUAAUGAUGAAGAACAUAAAUAUUCAACAAUUGGUACAAAAAAGAAUUUAUCCAAUAAAAAUAAUUUAUAUAUGGAACAAAAAGAGCAAAUUCAAAUGGAAAGAGAUAUUCCACCACCUUUACCGCCAGUUGGUACUAGAUCACCAGAAUUAUUAACUAAUAAGAAGUUAGAAAACUCAAAUAAUUAUAAAAAGAAAGAAAAUCCAUAUGAAAAAGUUAAAGAUGUAUCCGAUAUUAAUUUGACAAAUGAUAAAGAUAUAACAAAAACUACAAAUGUUCAAGAAAAUGGUAGUGUUUUAGUUGUAGAUGACUAUUUUCAUGUUUAAUUGAUUACAUAUAUAUAUAUGUAUUAUAAUGAAAAAAAUAAAAUAUCAAAUUAUUUAAAAUAAAUAAUAAUUAAUUGUGUAAACAGAA